AUGGGGAGUAACACAGAAGAAGGUAUUGAAAAGAGUUACACAGAAGAAGGUAUUGAAAAGAGUAACACAGAAGAAGGUAUUGAAAAGAGUUACACAGAAGAAGGUAUUGAAAAGAGUUACACAGAAGAAGGUAUUGAAAAGAGUUACACAGAAGAAGGUAUUGAAAAGAGUAACACAGAAGAAGGUAUUGAAAAGAGUAACACAGAAGAAGGUAUUGAAAAGAGUAACACAGAAGAAGGUAUUGAAAAGAGUAACACAGAAGAAGGUAUUGAAAAGAGUUACACAGAAGAAGGUAUUGAAAAGAGUUACACAGAAGAAGGUAUUGAAAAGAGUAACACAGAAGAAGGUAUUGAAAAGAGUAACACAGAAGAAGGUAUUGAAAAGAGUAACACAGAAGAAGGUAUUGAAAAGAGUUACACAGAAGAAGGUAUUGAAAAGAGUAACACAGAAGAAGGUAUUGAAAAGAGUUACACAGAAGAAGGUAUUGAAAAGAGUAACACAGAAGAAGGUAUUGAAAAGAGUUACACAGAAGAAGGUAUUGAAAAGAGUUACACAGAAGAAGGUAUUGAAAAGAGUUACACAGAAGAAGGUAUUGAAAAGAGUUACACAGAAGAAGGUAUUGAAAAGAGUUACACAGAAGAAGGUAUUGAAAAGAGUUAGACAGAAGAAGGAAUU